AUUACCCAAGUGGUUGAGAAUUAGAAAAAACCUCAAAACCAAAAUAAAACCCCAAACAAUAAUUUUCUCUCUCCUCUGAUUUUAUACCUGUAUUGUGCAUGUUCAAUUUCUGCAUUCUAGAAUCGGAAUUUGCCCAAACUUUUUAUAGUAACUUUAUGGAAAAAAAUAUUGAGGAUGGACAUGCUAGUCGUUCUAAUGAGUGUUUUAUCAUUCCUCAAUCCUCAUGAUAUGCUCCCUUUGUUGGGUUUACUUCAAAAAAAAAAAAAAAAAAAAAAUCAAGACUUAAAACUAAAAAAGACAGACUCCAAACUUAACUCAACUCCAAAGUCCAAACAAUCAAAUUGGCACCCACUUCGUCCGCCAUAGAAGUUGGACUUUCACCAUCCAAUUAUCUCUUCAUACCCUUGACAAGACUCAAGAGCAAAGAGAUGAAGCAUCAACAAGAACAACCCAAUAAACAAAACCAAAAACAAGGCAACAUCUCCAACCCUACCCUGAACCCAAAUCAAAACCCGAACCUAAACCCGUGCCCCAUCUGCUUGGGACCCAUUUCUCAAGAAUCUUUUUUAGAUCGUUGCUAUCAUAGAUAUUGUUACCAAUGCAUUAUUCGUUGGACUCAAGUGGUUUUAAGCAGCUCAUCUUCUUUGCGCCAGCCAUCCUCACUUAAAUGUCCUUUGUGCAAGACAGAAAACUAUACAAUCAUGUAUGGAUAUGAUGGAUAUACAUUUCAAAAGCAUUUCAUCGACCAAAACAAUGGUAAUAGUCACUUCUUCUCAAAGGAUCACAGGUAUAGAUUACAGUGCUACUACACCGAACCACAAUCAGAUCCUUCAACUAAUUUAUUCAAAGUAGAGCACUAUUGGAAGUCACAUAAGUACCUUCAACGCAGUAGCUGGCUUGAGAAAUGGUUAAGAAGGGAGCUACAAGCUCUGAUACAGGAAGAAGACGUUGAAAUCAUAAUGCAUCACAUAGUUGGAGUGGUCGAGUCAUUCUCAAGAAGCUAUCACCGAAAAGGAAAAUCGGGUUCACCAAAGCUAAAACGAGAAGAAUUCAAGUCUUUAGUCACUACUGCUGCAAUGCCAUUUCUUACUGCUAGAACCAAGCGUUUUGUGGAUGAAAUGGAAUUAUUUCUUGCUUCAGGUUUAACUGUCGAGGCCUAUGAUGGAGCUUAUAGAAGGUGGCUAGCUUGGAAGAAGCCUGAAGAAACCUCAGAAGAUAAUGAAGAAACAAGCCGAGAGCGUGAGGCAAGAGCUUCUUACCUAUAUGUUUUUGAUGAUGAGACUGAUGAGGUUGAUUAAACUGAAAAAGAACAUGUACAGAAGUUAGCAGUUCAUUUCAUCUCAAUCAGCAUUUCUGUAAUGUGGAAAAUUCAUGCCUUCUCCUUUUGUAUCAACAAACUAGUUCUAUCCACUUUGUUGUUGUGAAAUUUGUAAGAACUUUAACCUAAAUUUUCACCAUCAUAUAAGGAAACCCUAAUGAUACAGGAUGUUCUUAGAUUUCAAGA